CACGCUCCGUGAGGCACUGGUGCAUCCACCGAGGUUGCAGCACGGGUGCAAAUUGAGAGAGCUUUGACAGGACGAGUGUCACUGAGUCCACUCGCCUGCAUCAUUAGCAAUGGCAGCGAUGCAUCGCCUCGCUGCCCUCGCUGCUCUGGCCUGCACAGCGAGCGGCCUGACGCUCGACCGCCGAACACUGCUCCGCGGCAGCAGCGCCGCGCUGGCAGCGCCGUUGCUGCCGGCGCACGCCGCAUCCAUUCCGACCUGGGACCUCGGCGGCGGCGUCGCGAUGCCGACCCUCGCGCUCAACACCGUCGGGCUGACCGCGGAGGCGACGGAGCGGGCCGUCAAGUUGGCGGUCGACGCCGGCAUCUCCCACGUAGACUUCCAUCCGGGCAUCGAGCGCGACGGCGUCGCGCGAGCGCUCAAAAGCCUGCCGCGAGACGCACUCUUUCUGACGACCAAGGUGCGGUCUCCCCAGAAUAAUCUGGCUUUGACGCCGGCCGACGCCGCGGACCUCGUCAAGCGGCAACUAGAGGAGGACCGUAAGAUUCUGGGAGUCGAGAAGGUUGAUAUGUGGAUGCUUCGGGAAACGCCUAAUUGCGACAUCAUCCAGGCGCAAUGGCGCGUGCUAGAGGACGCGCAGCGUGCUGGCGUCGUCGGCGCCCUGGGCGUGGUGAACUACUGCGAGAAGCAGCUCGACUGCCUGCUUAACACUGCGAAAAUUAAGCCAGCCCUCGAUUAUUACUGUUUGCACCCCGGCAUGGGCCGGGAUGCACACGGCCUCAGGUCCUACGCGGCCAAGCGAGGCGUCAAGACCUUUGCGUACGGUGCGAUCGGCGAGCCGGGACCGUCUCGAGAGUUAUUGGAGGGCGAUGUGCUGCGGAGAAUAGCAGCGAAGUACGGUGUUGGGCCGGCGCAAGUGGCAGUUCGGUGGAAUCUCCAGAACGGCAACGCCGUAAGCGCCCGGCCAACGGCCGAGUUCGGACUCGGCGUCUCGGCAUGCCGCGCGGACGGCUCGUGCGCAAGUGGCCUGCGGGACCGCGCCUUUGCCGUGGCGGGCUUUGCGCUGACGAAGCAGGAGAUGCGCGAGAUCGACGCUCUCACGGCGCCCGACGCCGUCCCGUGCCUUUUCUCGAAAGCAUGCAAUCCCGACCUAGGAACGGGGAACGCCGCGGACCCGCUGCGGAAGACCUAAGAAGUUGUCUG